AAUCUUGUCUCUCGCCUUCUGCUUCUCACUCCUCAGCGCAGAUCUCUCUGACUCAGAUCACGCAGCUCGUUUUCUCACAGCAGAGCUAGCAGAAUGGCCAGCGACAAGGUUCACAUCAACGUGGUGGUCAUCGGGCAUGUGGAUUCGGGUAAGUCCACCACCACGGGCCAUCUGAUCUACAAGCUGGGAGGCAUCGACCAGAGCACCAUCGAGCGAUUCGAAGAGGAGGCCGCGGAGAUGAACAAGCAGUCGUUCAAGUACGCGUGGGUGCUGGACAAGCUCAAGGCCGAGCGCGAGCGAGGAAUCACCAUCAACAUCGCCCUGUGGAAGUUCGAGACCAGCAAAUACAACUGCACCGUGAUCGACGCUCCCGGCCACCGGGACUUCAUCAAGAACAUGAUCACGGGCACUUCACAGGCCGACUGCGCAGUCCUAAUCAUCGACUCCACGACGGGAGGGUUCGAGGCCGGAUUCUCGAACGACGGACAGACUCGCGAGCACGCGCUACUGGCCUACACAUUGGGAGUGGAGCAAAUCGUCUGCUGCUGCAACAAGAUGGACGCCACGGCUCCAGCGUACUCGCAGGAACGCUACGAGGAAAUCAAGACCGAGGUGUCGAGCUACUUGGGAAAGGUGGGAUACAACCCGGACGACAUCCCGUUCGUGCCCAUCUCCGGAUUCGAGGGAGACAACAUGAUCGAGAGGUCCGACAACCUGCAGUGGUACGAGGGCCCGACUCUUCUCGAGGCUCUGGACAAUCUGAAGGAGCCCAAGAGGCCGACCGACAAGCCCCUGAGGCUGCCGCUGCAGGACGUGUACAGGAUCGGAGGCAUCGGCACUGUCCCCGUGGGCCGAGUGGAGACCGGAGUGCUCAGGCCCGGAAUGACGGUGAGCUUCGCCCCCACCGGACUGACGGCGGAGGUGGCGUCCGUCGAGAUGCACCACCAGGCGAUGGACGAGGCUCUGCCCGGUGACAACGUGGGCUUCAACGUGAAGGACGUGGCGGCGAAGGAGCUGAAGCGCGGCUUCGUGGCCUCGGACGCCGACAACGACCCCGCCACGGAGGCCGAGAGCUUCACCGCGCAGGUCAUCAUCAUGAACCACCCGGGCCACAUCGCCAGCGGCUACUCCCCGGUCAUCGACUGCCACACCUCCCACGUGGCGGUGAAGUUCGCCGAGCUGCUCUCGAAAGUCGACCGCCACUCCGGCGACGAGCUCGAGCAGCAGCCCAAGUUCCUGAAGAACGGCGACGCUGGAAUCGUUCACAUGGUUCCCUCCAGGCCCAUGACCGUCGAGACUUUUGCUGAGUACCCGCCUCUGGGUCGAUUUGCCGUCAGGGACAGUCGACAGACUGUGGCAGUGGGAGUCAUCAAGGCGGUCCAGAAGAAGGCGACCCCCGCCGAGAAGUGAGCGAGCGAGGCAGGCGUCUGGAGGCACGUGACUAUGUUGGCAUCGUCUUCCGAGUGGCAGGCAGGCAGGCAGGACGAUGGCGUUGGCAAGAACAGGCGCAUGAUGGAUAUCGAUCGGCGUGGGCAACUUUCGUUGAGACGAUGCGUCUUCUUUAGCAAUUCUAGCCAGGUGAGGAUCUGACGAGGUCGGCCUCGCAGGCAUUCUUUUUUCAAGCAAUUUCUGCUCGACUAGAUCAUCGGUAGCCGUCUUACUGGGGCGAAGAGAUUCAAAUCCAAAGAUGAGAACAAAGACCGGGAAAGAGCAGCGAAGCUGAGACACAAUUCUCAUGGUCAGAGAAGAAACAGAAAACUUUCUCAAGUUGAGCGACUUCAAAUAUUUGCUUGCAUAGACGCGGUAGAAAGUGAGACAGAGAUGGGACAUUCAAAGGUACCAAUUAAUUUGAACAGACUAGAAGAUGGAACCGGGAACUACACGAGGUUACUGUAAAGAAGCCAAUAUGGAUGAUCGGAACAGAAACUGCUUGAAAUUGGAAUUCUGGAAGUUAGGAACAUGUAUCAGAUGUCGAAUAAUACACAAGGCAAGGCUGAUACCGAAAUUCGAGUCCAUGUUGGUC